ACUCAUUCCAGAGAACUCAGAAAUGGCCCUGCCAACUUGUUUAUAGAUUACAAGCGUGGAGUUUCGUUGACGGGCCGCAUCAAAAGCAUUCUAAACCUUUUCGGUAAACACGGCGUAUCCUAAAUUUUAGGUGUAUCAAAAAACGAGGACGUGUGAGAGAGCAGCAAAAGCACGCGCUACAAUUGCAAAUUAGUCAAACCGGUGGAAUCUGAGAAGGUGGUGCUGUGUAUUGGUAUUUGUUAUUGUUGUGAAAUUCAAGUAACCGACAGAAGCUGACAAAGACAAUGCCGAAAGAUACAAUAGCCAAGGUGCAGGAGUAUAAGGACUCGCUGAUCACCAAAGCCGAGACGCUGAUUACAAAAGGCUUCCCCGAGAAAAUUGUAGAGCUUAAUGAGCUGCUCUCUACACCCAUGUUUAAUGAGCGCAACUUCUGUGAAGUACACCAGGAUCUGAACAUUCCGGUGCUACCGCCCAUGUUGGCAAACCAUAACGAUGGCGGCGAUGUGCACGCCGGUGAUGACCGCCCAGUCACAAAGCGUCCACGCAAAGAUGACGUUGUCUUUGGCUCAGCUGUGAUGGGUUUGCCUAAUGGAACAGUACCUUGCAACAAGCCCAUUUGCGAAAUGAUUUUGGUCGUAAAGCCAAUCAUACGCAAACUGGUGGAAGAUUCGAACCUACUUAAAAUGUGGAUUUCAUUCAUGAUACCCAAAAUUGAGGAUGGCAACAACUUUGGUGUUUCGAUUCAGGAGGAUACGCUGGCCGAAAUCCAGACUGUUGAAUCUGAAGCAGCGGCUUUCUUUGAUCAGAUUUCACGCUAUUUUCUGUCGCGCGCCAAGGUUGUUUCAAAGGUCGCCAAGUAUCCACACAUUGAUGAUUACCGUCGUGCCGUUGUCGAGCUGGAUGAAAAGGAAUACCUCAGUCUGUGGCUGGUUGUGUGCGAGGUCCGCAAUCGUUACUCUUCGCUCCACGACAUAGUUAUUAAGAAUCUGGAAAAGCUUAAAAAACCGCGCUCAUCUAACGCCGAGAGCUUAUACUAAAUUCGCCAAUUUGUUUAUUUUUCAACAUUUGCUUAAAUCUGCACCAAUUAAAACAACAACCAUUCACAAACAUAAAUACACACACACACUCACACACCCAUGCAUACACCACUUCCUAUAGACCUUAAAAUACACUCCAAUCUUCCAAAUUGAUGGAAGCACUCGAAAUUUUCCUUUCAUAUGAUUUGUUGUUCAGAAAAAAAACAUAAUAAUAAAUAAAUUAAGUCCAGUGACGGCGUACAAAUAGCGGACAGAUCUUAAGGACAGUUUUUAUAUAUGUAAUUUAUAACAUUUGAAUAUAUAGUUUAUAAUCGUUGAGCAUCGAUACUAACUAUAGAUUCAAAUAAAUAUCUUUAGCUAUGCACAUUUAAAAAAGUAAAUACACUUACGCCUUACAGUUACAAAUGUAAACGUAAAUAAACAAAAUGCAAAUUGAAGUCGAACUGAGAUCUGCAGCAAAGC